AGAAGUAAAAUCAGCUGACCCUGUCUUCCAAGCGUCAAAUGCGUAUUUAUAAAUAGUGUACCGAGUUCAUCGGAAGCCGAAGUUACUUUUCAAUAACCAAACAUCAAAAUGGUUGAUAUGAAAAGUAAUGUGAGUUUUGCGUGUCAACGAUGUCUACAACCUCUCAGACUAGAUCCAAGUUUUUAUCAUCUCGGAGAACACACGCUAGCCGAACUUUCACUUCCCAUUCAACAACAUGUGGUGGGUGAGCUAGAGCCCCAAAGUGGAAGUAUGGAACAUUUAGUGCCACCAUUCAAAUUAACUGAAUCUGCAAAUGGAACAAAUGGAUUCAUGUUAGUUGGGGACUCUGGGGAAACAGAAAGUUUAAGUCAUCAUUUAAAGGUACGGGCAACAUUGUUUGAUAUCCUUAGUAGUAGUAGUUGUGCUGAUCAUCCACUCUGUGAUGAAUGUACGGAUAGUCUUUUAUUAUUAAUGGAUCAACAACUGAGAAUGACUGAAGGGGAAUGGUCAGAUUAUAAUGAGUACUUAAAGAAAUUAGAAAUAGAGCAACAACAUCAGGGUCAUGAAGAUAUAGAAAUGGAAACUCUCACAAAAGAAUUGCAAGAUGUAAAAUCUGAAGAAGAAAGAAUGAUAAGCGAAUUAGAGGCAUUGAGAAAGGAAGAAAUUGCUACCAGAAAUGCCAUAGCUCAACAAGAAAGGGAAAGGGAAAGGUUACAAAGCGAAGAAGAAAGGUAUUGGAAGGAAUAUUCAAAACACAAAAGAGAUCUCAUAUUAGCAGAAGAUGAAUACCGUAGCUUGGAGUGUCAGUUAGCUUAUGCUGCUUCACAACUAGAGAGACUGAAGAAAACAAACGUUUUCAAUGCUACAUUUCAUAUUUGGCACUCAGGACACUUUGGAACUAUAAAUUCCUUCCGGUUAGGUAGAUUACCAAGUGCACCAGUAGAUUGGAGUGAAAUAAACGCUGCUUGGGGACAGACCACUUUGCUAUUAACAGCUCUUGCUAGAAAAAUGAAUCUCACAUUUAAACGUUUUCGUUUAGUGCCAUUUGGUAAUCACAGUUAUAUUGAAGCUUUAGAUCAACACAGAGAACUACCAUUAUAUGGAAGUGGAGGAUUUAAAUUUCUAUGGGAUACAAAAUUUGAUGCAGCAAUGGUGGCGUUUCUUGAUUGCUUGCAACAAUUUAAAGAACAAGUGGAAAAAGGAGACAGUGGAUUCUGUCUUCCAUAUAGAAUGGAUCGUGGAAAGAUAGAAGAUUCUGCAACAGGAAACUCUUACUCCAUCAAAAUACAAUUUAAUUCAGAAGAACAAUGGACCAAGGCAUUGAAAUUUUUGUUAACGAAUUUAAAAUGGGGCCUUGCUUGGGUUAGUUCCCAAUUCACAAAAGAUGAGGCUGAACAUUAGCUUCAUGUUAAUUUAUGCAAAUUCAUCCAGUCUUGAUACAUCUCUCUUACACUCAUUUAUGUACAUACACGUUAUUUGUAAAUAAACUCAGUUAAAGGAUAAUCCUUUUA